AUGGGGAGGGAGCGCCUUCUAGCGAUGGAGGGAGAGUUGGGGGGACAGCUCUGGGGGGAGGGAGGCGGGGGUACAACCCUGGGAGGGAGGGACGGACGGAGGGGAGGGAAGGAGUUGGGUGGGGGUCUCAUUAUCUUUAGGUUUUUAUUUUCCUCUCCCUAUCCCAACAUAAAGAAGGUAAAGGGAACAUUAUUUCUUUUGUAUGCAUAGCUGACUAUUAUAUAUGAAUGUAUAUCAAUAGGAUGACUUUUGAUUUCCAAUAGGAAAAAAUGUGUCCAAUAGGAUUCCGAUAGAGGUGACACAAAAUCCUAUAGGAUUGUGAGAAUCCUACAGGGUUCUAUUGGAAAAAUCACUAAUCCUAUAGGAUUUUUUGACUAUAUUUCUAUAGAGCUCGCCAGUUUGUAGUCCUAAAAAACAGAAAUGAUUUACCUCUGGUUCGUUCAGCCAUUCCUAUGGGCAAAGUGAAUGGGGAAAGAAUAAGGUUUUGGAAUAAACGCGGAAAAUAAGGUUAACACAGGCUUAUGAGAUCUCAUACAUUUUUUCCUAUAAUAUAAUAUCUGUCAGUUAACCUGCCCUUUAUGAAUUAUGAAGCCUUUAUGUGCAUUGUUUUUAUUAUUAUUACAUAAAUGCUUCCAAAUUCACAAAAAGUGACGUUAGCUGAUGAAGAUUAGUCUAUCUCAUAGAACAAAACGUAGGGGCUCUUCUAAGCCUUUGUUUACCACAGACCUUAUUUUCGACGUUUAUCCAAAAACCCUACAACGAACCAUGGCGGAGUUAGUGCCUACAAAAAGACGCCAUUACUAUUGCUCUCUAUAGAUGGGGAAAACGGGGAAAGCGCCAUAUUUACCGCCUUGUGUUCACCGUGUGUUGAUGUGAGCGGUGCUUUAUCCCCGUGUUCCGUUUGAAGGAUACGUAGCCCGCCACAAACGGCUCCUCCUUGCCCGUUAACAGCUGUGACAACACUGUGCCUCCCAUCCCAUUAUUCGAGCGUGGACAGGUAAUCUCAAAGUUGUUGUUAAUUUAAAUCAAUUUCAGUAACACUGACCGUCUUCCAUAAUGCCUUUUUGCAAAUUGAUGUUGUAAGCUACCCAAUAGAUGGCUAUUGUUGAACUAUUUAUCUCGUUGUUUUUGUUGUCGUUGGGUAUUGAGACAGGUUUGUUGAAGAUUGCGGGGCUGUACAUCGUAAUAUUAUAUAAUCGAUAUAAGGCUAUCCUGCGCUUACUUUCCAUUUGACCGAAACCGUUGCUUUCUUUGACCAGGCCUGUGUUUUGGUCUCUAUCUCAGACAGUAGGCUACAUUAGGAGCGAUUUGUGAAUUAAUCAAAGGGCUACGCCAAACGCUUAAUUUAGUCAUUGCGUCGUUAUGGUAGGAGUAUGCAUUGGGAUUUAUCACCAGGCUGAUAAAUGCAGAGAAAUUAGCUGAAGAAGGCAUAUUUAGUGAUCUCCUAAUCGCGCAAGGUUGAUGGAGGGAGGUGCGCACUCAUGACUGUUUAUCAGGUGUAUUAUGGCGGGUGCAGUAAAAUGCAUAUGUUCAGUGUUCUUCAAGUGCAAAUUGCACCUGCUCAGAGCACUUCGUCGGUGAAUGCACUGCCCCCCCCCCAGCUCCCCGUCUCCCUCUCCUGCUGAGUCUGACUCGCUAGUAGGCCUAUUAGCUAGUGGAGGUGCCAGUGGUGAUGUUGAACUGGCGGGAUUAGCAGCGCUGCUAGCUAAGGCAUCGCCACCAGGAACAGUUUCCCCCUCACUCCUCUCCUCCGGGCACUGACAGUUCUCUGGCUCGUUCUGGGUUCGACUCACCAUCUUUCUUUGGAUUUUUGGACUUCAAAUAACGAGGAGGCAACUUGAUUUAACGCUGACAACUUUUAUUACAAUGUCUACAGUGCGAACAGUGAAACAAUUAAUAAAUGUCGCGAGAGGUACCGGAUCCGGCCAAAUAAACUCAGCAAAAAAAGAAACGUCAAUUUUUCAUGAACCUGUCUUUCAUAGAUCAUUUGUAAAAAUCAAAAUAACUUCACAGAUCUUCAUUGUAAAGGGUUUAAACACUGUUUCCCAUGCUUGUUCGAUGAACCAUAAACAAUUAAUGAACAUGCACCUCUGGAACAGUUGUUAAAACACUAACAGCUGACAGACGGUAGGCAAUUAAGGUCACCGUUAUGAAAACUUAGGACACUAAAGAGGCUUUUCUACUGACUCUUACAUUUGAGUAAUUUAGCAGACGCUCUUAUCCAGAGUGACAUACAGUUAGUGAGUGCAUACAUGAUACAUUUUUUUUUUUUUUCAUACUGGCCCCCCGUGGGAAUCGAACCCACAACCCUGGCGUUGCAAACGCCAUGCUCUACCAACUGAGCUACAUCCCUGCCGGCCAUUCCCUCCCCUACCCUGGUCGACGCUGGGGCAAUUGUGCGCCGCCCCAUGGGUCUCCCGGUUGCGGCUGGCCACGACAGAGCCUGGAUUCGAACCAGGAUCUCUAGUGGCACAGCUAGCACUGCGAUGCAGUGCCUUAGACCACUGCGCCACUCCAAAAGAAAGAUGCCCAGGGUCCCUGCUCAUCUGCGUGAACGUGCCUUAGGCAUGCUGCAAGGAGGCAUGAGGACUGCAGAUUUACAUUUACAUUUUAGUCAUUUAGCAGACGCUCUUAUCCAGAGCGACUUAGAUGUGGCCAGGGCAAUAAAUUGCAAUGUCUGUACUGUGAGACGCCUAAGACAGCGCUACAGGGAGACAGGAUGGACAGCUGAUCGUCCUCGCAGUGGCAGACCACAUGUAACAACACCUGCACAGGAUCGGUACAUCCGAACAUCACACCUGCGGGACAGGUACAGGAUGGCAAUAAGAAUUGCCUGAGUUACACCAGGAACGUACAAUCCCUACAUCAGUGCUCAGACUGUCCGCAAAAGGCUGAGAGAGGCUGGACUGAGGGCUUGUACGCCUAUUGUAAGGCAGGUCCUCACCAGACAUCACCGGUAACAAUGUCACCUAUGGGCACAAACCCACCGUCGGAGUUGCAAAGAAAAAGUCCAGUGUCUGUGUUCUUUUGCCCAUCUUAAUCUUUUCUUUUUAUUGACCAGUCUGAGAUAUGGCUUUUUCUUUGCAACUCUGUUGACGUUGAGACUGGUGUUUUGCGGGUACUAUUUAAUGAAGCUGCCAGUUGAGGACCUGUGAGGCAUCUGUUUCUCAAACUAGACACUCUGUAUUUGUUCUCUUGCUCAGUUGUGCACCGGGGCCUCCCAAUCCUCUUUCUAUUCUGGUUAGAGCCAGUUUGCGCUGUUCUGUGAAGGGAGUAGUACACAGCAUUGUACGAGAUCUUCAGUUUCUUGGCAAUUUCUCGCAUGGAAUAGCCUUCAUUUCUCAGAAGAAGAAUAGACUGACGAGUUUCAGAAGAAAGUUAUUUGUUUCUGGCCAUUUUGAGCCUGUAAUCGAACCCACAAUUGCUGAUGCUCCAGAUACUCAACUAGUCUCAAGAAGGCCAGUUUUAUUGCUUAUUUAAUCAGCACAACAGUUUUCAGCUGUGCUAACAUAAUUGCAAAAGGGUUUUCUAAUGAUCAAUUAGCCCUUUAAAAUUAUAAACUUGGAUUAGCAAACACAAUGUGCCAUUGGAACACAUGACUGAUGGUUGCUGAUAAUGGGCCUCUGUACGCCUACAGUGAGGGAAAAAAGUAUUUGAUCCCCUGCUGAUUUUGUACGUUUGCUCACUGACAAAGAAAUGAUCAGUCUAUAAUUUUAAUGGUAGGUUUAUUUGAACAGUGAGAGACAAAAUAACAACAACAAAAUCCAGAGAAACGCAUUGAUUUGCAUUUUAAUGAGGGAAAUAAGUAUUUGACCCGCUCUCAAUCAGAAAGAUUUCUGGCUCCCAGGUGUCUUUUAUACAGGUAACGAGCUGAGAUUAGGAGCACACUCUUAAAGGGAGUGCUCCUAAUCUCAGCUUGUUACCUGUAUAAAAGACACCUGUCCACAGAAGCAAUCAAUCAAUCAGAUUCCAAACUCUCCACCAUGGCCAAGACCAAAGAGCUCUCCAAGGAUGUCAGGGACAAGAUUGUAGACCUACACAAGGCUGGAAUGGGCUCAAGAAAGCACAAAUACAUGCCCAUCUGAAGUUUGCCAAUGAACAUCUGAAUGAUUCAGAAGAGAACUGGGUGAAAGUGUUGUGGUCAGAUGAGACCAAAAUGGAGCUCUUUGGCAUCAACUCAACUCGCCGUGUUUGGAGGAGGAGGAAUGCUGCCUUUGACCCCAAGAACACCAUCCCCACCGUCAAACAUGGAGGUGGAAACAUUAUGCAUUGGAGGUGUUUUUCUGUUAAGGGGACAGGACAACUUCACCGCAUCAAAGGGACGAUGGACAGGGCCAUGUACCGUCAAAUCUUGGGUGAGAACCUCCUUCCCUCAGCCAGGGCACUGAAAAUGGGUCGUGGAUGGGUAUUCCAGCAUGACAAUGACCCAAAACACACGGCCAAGGCAACAAAGGAGUGGCUCAAGAAGAAGCACAUUAAGGUCCUGGAGUGGCCUAGCCAGUCUCAAGACCUUAAUCCCAUAGAAAAUCUGUGGAGGGAGCUGAAGGUUCUGGAGCAGGUUUUCAUCAAGGAUCUCUCUGUACAUUGCUCCGUUCAUCUUUCCCUCGAUCCUGACUAGUCUCCCAGACCCUGCCGCUGAAAAACAUCCCCACAGCAUGAUGCUGCCACCACCAUGCUUCACCGUAGGGAUGGUGCCAGGUUUCCUCCAGACGUGACGCUUGGCAUUCAGGCCAAAGAGUUCAAUCUUGGUUUCAUCAGACCAGAGAAUCUUGUUUCUCAUGGUUUGAGUCCUUUAGGUGCCUUUUGGCAAACUCCAAGCGGGCUGUCAUGUGCCUUUUACUGAGGAGUGGCUUCCGUCUGGCCACUCUACCAUAAAGGCCUGAUUGGUGGAGUGCUGCAGAGAUGGUUGUGCUUCUGGAAGGUUCUCCCAUCUCCACAGAGGAACUCUGGAGCUCUGUCAGAGUGACCAUCGGUAUAUUGGUAACCUCCCUGACCAAGGCCCUUCUCCCCUGAUUUCUCAGUCUGGCCAGGUGGCCAGCUCUAGGAAGAGUCUUGGUGGUUCCAAACUUCUUCCAUUUAAGAAUGAUGGAGGCCACUAUGUUGUUGGGGACCUUCAAUGCUGCAGAAAUUUUUUGGUACACUUCCCCAGAUCUGUGCCUCGACACAAUUCUGUCUCAGAGCUCUACGGACAAUUCUUUCGACCUCAUGGCUUGGUUUUUGCUCUGACAUGCACUGUCAACUGUGGGACCUUAUAUAGACAGGUGUGUGCCUUUCCAAAUCAUGUCCAAUCAAUUGAAUUUACCACAGGUGGACUCCAAUCAAGUUGUAGAAACAUCUCAAGGAUGAUCAGUGGAAACAGGAUGCACCUCAUAGCAAAGGGUCUGAAUACUUAUGUAAAUAAAGUAUUUAUGUUUUUGUUUUUUUUAUAAAUUUGCCAAAAUUUCAAAAAACCUGUUUUCACUUAGUCAUUAUUGGGAAUUCAAAUCAAAUCAAAUCAAAUUGUAUUGGUCACAUGCGCCGAAUACAACAGGUGCAGACAUUACAGUGAAAUGCUUACUUACAGCCCUUAACCAACAGUGCAUUUAUUUUUAACAAAAAAAGUAAAAAUAAAACAACAACAAAAAAAGUGUUGAGAAAAAAAGAGCAGAAGUAAAAUAAAAUAACAGUAGGGAGGCUAUAUAUACAGGGGGGUACCGGUGCAGAGUCAAUGUGCGGGGGCACCGGCUAGUUGAGAUAGUUGAAGUAAUAUGUAUAUGUGGGUAGAGUUAAAGUGACUAUGCAUAAAUAAUUAACAGAGUAGCAGCAGCGUAAAAAGGAUGGGGUGCAAAUAGUCUGGGUAGCCAUGAUUAGCUGUUCAGGAGUCUUAUGGCUUGGGGGUAGAAGCUGUUGAGAAGUCUUUUGGACCUAGACUUGGCACUCCGGUACCGCUUGCCGUGCGGUAGCAGGGAGAACAGUCUAUGACUAGGGUGGCUGGAGUCUUUGACAAUUUUUAGGGCCUUCCUUUGACACCGCCUGGUAUAGAGGUCCUGGAUGGCAGGAAGCUUGGCCCCAGUGAUGUACUGGGCCGUACGCACUACCCUCUGUAGUGCCUUGCGGUCGGAGGCCAAGCAGUUGCCAUAUCAGGCGGUGAUGCAACCAGUCAGGAUGCUCUCGAUGGUGCAGCUGUAUAAUUUUUUGAGGAUCUGAGGACCCAUGCCAAAUCUUUUCAGUCUCCUGAGGGGGAAUAGGCUUUGUCGUGCCCUCUUCACGACUGUCUUGGUGUGUUUGGACCAUGACAGUUCGUUGGUGAUGUGGACACCAAGGAACUUGAAGCUCUCAACCUGUUCCACUACAGCCCCGUCGAUGAGAAUGGGGGCGUGCUCAGUCCUCUUUUUUUUCCUGUAGUCCACAAUCAUCUCCUUUGUCUUGGUCACGUUGAGGGAGAGGUUGUUGUCCUGGCACCAUACGGCCAAGUCUCUGACCUCCUCCCUAUAGGCUGUCUCAUCGUUGUCGGUGAUCAGGCCUACCACUGUUGUGUCGUCGGCAAACUUAAUGAUGGUGUUGGAGUCGUGCCUGGCCAUGCAGUCAUGGGUGAACAGAGAGUACAGGAGGGGACUGAGCACGCACCCCUGAGGGACCCCCGUGUUGAGGAUCAGUGUGGUAGAUGUGUUGUUACCUACCCUUCCCACCUGGGGGCGGCCCGUCAGGAAGUCCAGGAUCCAGUUGCAGAGGGAGGUGUUUAGUCCCAGGAUCCUUAGCUUAGUGAUGAGCUUAGAGGGCACUAUGGUGUUGAAUGCUGAGCUGUAGUCAAUGAAUAGCAUUCUCACGUAGGUGUUCGUCUUGUCCAGGUGGGAAAGGGCAGUGUGGAGUGCAAUAGAGAUUGCAUCAUCUGUGGAUCUGUUGGGGCGGUAUGCAAAUUGGAGUGGGUCUAGGGUUUCUGGGAUAAUGCUGUUGAUGUGAGCCAUGACCAGCCUUUCAAAGCACUUCAUGGCUACAGACGUCAGUGCUACGGGUCGGUAGUCAUUUAGGCAGGUUAUCUUAGAGUCCUUGGGCACGGGGACUAUGGUGGUCUGCUUGAAACAUGUUGGUAUUACAGACUCAGUCAGGGACAUGUUGAAAAUGUCAGUGAAGACACUUGCCAGUUGGUCAGCACAUGCUCGGAGUACACGUCCUGGUAAUCCGUCUGGCCCUGCGGCCUUGUGAAUGUUGACCUGCUUAAAAGUCUUACUCACAUCGGCUACAGAGAACGUGAUCACAUAGUCAUCCGGAACAGCUGAUGCUCUCAUGCAUGCUUCAGUGUUGCUUGCCUUGAAGUGAGCAUAGAAGUGAUUUAGCUCAUCUGGUAGGCUCGUGUCACUGGGCAGCUCGCGGCUGUGCUUCCCUUUGUGAUCUGUAAUAGUUUGCAAGCCCUGCCACAUCCAACGAGCGUCAGAGCCGGUGUAGUACGAUUCAAUCUUAGUCCUGUAUUGACUCUAUGCCUGUUUGAUGGUUCGUCGGAGGGCAUAGCGGGAUUUCUUAUAAGCGUCCGGGUUAGAGUCCCGCUCCCUAAAAGUGGCAGCUCUACCCUUUAGCUCAGUGCAGAUGUUGCCUGUAGUCCAUGGCUUCUGGUUGGGGUAUGUACGUACGGUCACUGUGGGGAUGACAUCAUCGAUGCACUUAUUGAUGAAGCCAGUUACUGAUGUGGUGUACUCCUCAAUGCUAUCUGAAGAAUCCCGGAACAUGUUCCAGUCUGUGCUAGCAAAACAGUCCUGUAGCUUAGCAUCUGCGUCGUCUGACCACUUUUUUAUUAACCGAGUCACUGGUGCUUCCUGUUUUAGUUUUUGCAUAUAAGCAGGAAUCAGGAGGAUAGAGUAAUGGUCAGAUUUACCAAAUGGAGGGCGAGGGAGAGCUUUGUAUGCGUCUCUGUGUGUGGAGUAAAGGUGGUCUAGUUUAUUUUCCUCUGGUUGCACAUUUAACAUGCUGAUAGAAAUGAGGUAUAACGGAUUUAAGUUUCCCUGCAUUAAAGUCCACAGCCACUAGGAGCGCUGCCUCUGGAUGAGCGGUUUCCUGUUCACUUAUGGCCUUAUAAAGCUCAUUCAGUGCAAUCUUAAUGCCAGCAUUAGCAUUUCUUUAGACUUUGGACUAUUUAAGGAGAGUUGUGUUGAAGCAUUAGGUUGCUAAGAGAGGGACAAACUGAAUUUCUUUCAUGGAGGUCUGGCUUGAAUUAUGAGGAUGACCACACAAUUUAUUUUAAUAAUUAGCCAAAUCUAUUGGUUUUCUACCCAAAGUUGCAAAGGAAAUGUUGUGAUCUUUUUAAUAAACCCAAGAGACCAGCAAAAUGGAUAAAAGAGUUUGGCAGUAUAGCAGGAACAGCGGCAUCUUGUGGUCAAAACCUGGUACUUUUACACUACUUUAUGGUAAAUAAUGCAAGGGACUUCAAUGGCUAAUUCCUCUGAACAGGGAAAAAAAAACUAUCUCCAGAUUCACAGGGAAUACAUUACAUAGUAUGGAGAAGCAAUACUUACAAGCCACAGCGUCAUACUACUUGUCAAACAUAGAGAUCGGAUACUGUAUACUGGUUGUUGGGGUGGGAUGGCAUGGGGUGUGGGGUAUCCGUGGGUGGCUUUUGAAUUUAUUUUGGGAUUCCUUCGUGUCUUACUCAUGGGUAGAAAGAAGUUUGGUCCAAAUCGGAUGUUGGGUACUAUAUUUAUUGAAUAUUAUCUGAAUCCUAUGAAUUAAAAUGACAAUUUUGUGUGCAAGCAAUUAGCUUAAUUUCAACAAAAUAAUUUUUCAGGAAUGCUAAUCGCAACUGUUACUAACUACUGAAACGAUUUCAGACAAAUCUGAGAUGGGUGUCGAAUUCCCCUUUCCUGUAAUUUUUGAGGUGAAACGAACCUAAAGCAAACUUUUUGGUUUACCUUUUGUUAAUAAAUACUUUUUCUGCUAACAGAUCCCUCUGUAUGUAUUCAAUUAUAGUUUUUAAUCCUGGUCCUGAGUUAAUAUGUUAAUGUGUAGCGGCUAAUUGUAUAGCUAAUAUGCUAUGAGUUUGUAGAUCGACUGAAGUGAAUGAAGCUACAGCAAUGAAUGUGAUAAUGGCUGGGGUAACUUUUGCUUGUUUUUGCUGUUUUCCAGUAAAUGUGCUUCAACUUUCUUAAAAGUUAUUGGAUGGGGGGAGACCUCACUAAAACUCAGACCCUGACUAUGGCCCUGGUCAUACCUUGUCCAUAGACUGCUUACAGGGUAAUGAAACCUAUGUGUAAUUUUGUAAUUUGGUUGAACUAUCCCUUUAAGCCUCACACACAGACUUCAUGUUGGCUUUAACUAUGUUUCUGUCUGGGAAGUGUGAAUCAAGGACACAUACCGUCUUGUUCACUCUCUUUAGCUUGUCAUAUUUAAUUUGGAGGUUCCCAGUCGCUGUCUUCUCCAUAAAUAUGAAUCAUAGCAGCAUCAAUGUUUCAGCAGGCACAGCCACUUCUGAGGAUGGAGCUCUCAAACAUUCUCCCCUCCUUUCACCCUCCCCUCCCCUCUCCUCUUCUCUCUGUAGGAUGGAGGGACUGCUGGACCAAUGGCUAUGGAAGGAGGAGUACUGGCUGCCUCCAGGGGUCACCUGGAAGGACAUAGAGAUGGAGGGGGACCGGUACCCUCUACCCCGAGACCUCUUCUACACCCUGCCGCUGGCUCUGGGCUUCAUCGUCCUGCGCUACGUCUUUGAGAGGUGAGCUGGUUGGCAUUCAUUUGGGCACACUGUAGCAAAACAUCGGCGGGGGGCGCGGGGGUCCUCCCCCCUUUUUUAAAGGAACUCAGUCCGGCUUUCAACUUACUCUUGAAAGUUGUAUUAGUAGAAUGCACAAGGUGCAAUUUCUAAAUUGGGUAGUGCAUCAUCAGUUUUCCUCUUGUCAUGUCAGUCAUUGCAUACAUAAGAGAGCUAUUUAUAACUUGUUAGAAAUGUGUUCACUCAAAUAUCACAUGGGGGGGGGGGGGGGUUGCGCAGGAUGUUCCCAAUGCUAGAAGGGGGCCUGAGUGAAAAAGUUUGGGAACCCCUGUCUUAUCAAAUCAGAAUUUCAAACCAAAUCAAAAAUACAGUAGAUAGACAUGGGUUGGGUUACAGCAGGCGCUGAGGAUGAAAUGCACUCAAUGGUAUCUCAGAAGGAGUUGGAUAUUUGAAAAUACGAAUCUUUAUAAUUUUAACUUGUAUUUAUUCAGGGGAGCCCAAUUGAGUCCAGGGUCUCAUUUUCAAUGGUGCCCUGAAAACAAACAAUUCACAAAUCAACAUGAGGUGAGAUACGCAGGGCCAGGGCAGGGAGGGGUUUGUUAAAAUGUGAGUAGUAGUAGUCAGUGAGGACUUCAUUAGCAGCAGGUGUUUCCUGUGGGGUUCCUGUAACCGGAAAGCCCUGGAGUCUCCGAGCUAAACUACCCUGAACUUCCAUCCAUUCUGAUCUCCCUGCCUGCCCACUUACCUAUGAUUAUCACUCUGGUAGAGGUACACACACUCGUACUGUACACACAUACUGUAGAAAUGCACACACACACACACACACACUCUCUCUUACCUGCACCCUUUCCCACCCGUGCGCAUACUGUACACACAAGCACAUUCACACCCUCUCACUCAGACACACAAACAUAGAUCAAGUGUCCCUGGAGGCGUAGUAUCAAUUAAGCACAAAGGUUGUCUGGCCCAAUGUAACUCUAAGUGUAUGGGAAUGGGAGAGGCUCCAGUGGUUGUCAGUGCAUUUGUUAGGAUGAAGACUCACAUGGAGUGACAUGAGGAGCUCUCGUGUUCUUGCUCUUUGUUGUUGAGGAGAUAAUGGUUGUGCCUUAAGUGAUAUUCUAUUCCAAGGGACAGGAAUUUUUCCUAACCACCUGACAGUUUUUCACCCCACCUGACCUACCCAAUGAAAACUCUGGUGCCUGUUAUAUGCUAUAAUAUAACUAGGGCCUGGAGUUUCUUGUAGUAAGCGAAACACCUGGUCUUAAGCUAUUCAACAAUAGUGCACCUUUGACCAAAACCCACAUAAAUAGUGCAGCUUUGGUCAAAAGCAGUGUGACAUAUGGAAAAUAGGGUGUAACUGAGAUUUGUCUUUGAAUUGAAAAACUGCAGAACUCAAUUUUCUGUCUGUCUUCUCUACAGGGUCAUAGCCAUGCCACUGAGCAGACAGCUGGGGGUGAGAGACAGGGUGCGGGUUCGAGCCCUGCCUGUCCCAAAGCUGGAAACAUUUUACAAACAGAACAAACAGCAACCCUCACAGGUCAGUUAUGAUACACUCAACUAAAUCUACUUUAUCCAUCUCUGUCACUCUGUUAAUGGGAUAUGGAAUAUUCCUUUAUAGAAUUGUAGAAACAUCUAUGAUUAAUUUUGAAAUUGAUAAGGAGUACGUUUUAGCAGAGAUUACUAAGCCUCUACACAUAGCAUUACAGAUAUUGCAGACAGUACUCAUGAGAUAAGAUGAGAGAUGAGAUGAGAUACAAUUUCUCCCCUGGAGAAACUAUUGCUUCAUGAGUUUAGCCCUCAAGUAGAAUUAGAGCAUUGGUGCAUAAAGGUUGAGUUGUAAUUAUAUGGUUUACUGGGUGAAUCGGGAUCAGGUUGAAGUUUAAGUAGUUUCUGCUAUAAUAGGGAACCAUUAUGCGGAACUCGUUUAGGGGUAUCAGGUUAGGGUUGGGUUUUGUGUCUACUAUUGUGGGUUGUAGUACACCAGGAAAUGAUAAGAUAGUUGUUUAUUAGCCAGGUAUAUUUGGUGGAAUAGGAUAAAUAAUAGAGUACUUCCUUGUGUAAAACCCUUAUUACACAAACAUGACUUGGCUAAAUGCUUUGGCGGGCAUUGCUCUAGUAGGCUAUCCCUUCCUUGUCAGUCAGGUAGGUACAGGUGCAGGUCAUAUUUUAUGGCUUGGCUCUGUUCACAUGGAAAUAUUCCACCCUUAUUACUCGUUAGGAGUUAUUAGGCAGAAUUUGCAAGUGUUGACAUGUUGGACUGUACAUCUGCCGGGGCAUGUGUCUUCUCGUUUACAUGAUCAAAUACAGUGGGGAGAACAAGUAUUUGAUACACUGCCAAUUUUGCAGGUUUUCCUACUUACAAAGCAUGUAGAGGUCUGUAAUUUUUAUCAUAGGUACACUUCAACUGUGAGAGACGGAAUCUAAAACAAAAAUCCAGAAAAUCACAUUGUAUGAUCUUUAAGUAAUUAAUUUGCAUUUUAUUGCAUGACAUAAGUAUUUGAUACAUCAGAAAAGCAGAACUUAAUAUUUUGGACAGAAACCUUUGUUUGCAAUUACAGAGAUAAUAUGUUUCCUGUAGGUCUUGACCAGGUUUGCACACAAUGCAGCAGGGAUUUUGGCCCACUCCUCCAUACAGACCUUCUCCAGAUCCUUCAGGUUUCGGGGCUGUCGCUGGGCAAUACGGACUUUCAGCUCCCUCCAAAGAUUGUCUAUUGGGUUCAGGUCUGGAGACUGGCUAGGCCACUCCAGGACCUUGAGAUGCUUCUUACGGAGCCACUCCUUAGUUGCCCUGGCUGUGUGUUUCGGGUCGUUGUCAUGCUGGAAUACCCAGCCACGACCUAUCUUUAAUGCUCUUACUGAGGGAAGGAGGUUGUUGGCCAAGAUCUCGCGAUACAUGGCCCCAUCCAUCCUCCCCUCAAUACGGUGCAGUCGUCCUGUCCCCUUUGCAGAAAAGCAUCCCCAAAGAAUGAUGUUUCCACCUCCAUGCUUCACGGUUGGGAUGGUGUUCUUGGGGUUGUACUCAUCCUUCUUCCUUCAAACACGGCGAGUGGAGUUUAGACCAAAAAGCUCAAUUUUUGUCUCAUCAGACCACAUGACCUUCUCCCAUUCCUCCUCUGGAUCAUCCAGAUGGUCAUUGGCAAACUUCAGACGGGCCUGGACAUGCGCUGGCUUGAGCAGGGGGACCUUGCAUGCGCUGCAGGAUUUUAAUCCAUGACAGCGUAGUGUGUUACUAAUGGUUUUCUUUGAGACUGUGGUCCCAGCUCUCUUCAGGUCAUUGACCAGGUCCUGCCGUGUAGUUCUGGGCUGAUCCCUCACCUUCCUCAUGAUCAUUGAUGCCCCACGAGGUGAGAUCUUGCAUGGAGCCCCAGACCGAGGUUGAUUGACCGUCAUCUUGAAUUUCUUCAAUUUUCUAAUAAUUGCGCUAACAGUUGUCACCUUCUCACCAAGCUUCUUGCCUUUUGUCCUGUAGCCCACCCCAGCCUUGUGCAGGUCUACAAUUUUAUCCCUGAUGUCCUUACACAGCUCUCUGGUCUUGGCCAUUGUGGAGAGGUUGGAGUCUGUUUGAUUGAGUGUGUGGACAGGUGUCUUUUAUACAGGUAACGAGUUCAAACAGGUGCAGUUAAUACAGGUAAUAAGUGGAGAACAGGAGGGCUUCUUAAAGAAAAACUAACAGGUCUGUGAGAGCCGGAAUUCUUACUGGUUGGUAGGUGAUCAAAUACUUAUGUCAUGCAAUAAAAUGCAAAUUAAUUACUUAAAGAUCAUACAAUGUGAUUUUCUGGAUUUUUGUUUUAGAUUCCGUCUCUCACAGUUGAAGUGUACCUAUGAUAAAAAUUACAGACCUCUACAUGCUUUGUAAGUAGGAAAACCUGCAAAAUCGGCAGUGUAUCAAAUACUUGUUCUCCCCACUGUAUCUGAUAGUAGAAAUACCAUAGUAUAUGGAAAUACACAAAUCCUAUUCUCUCUGUGCAUUUAGAUGUUGUUUUCUGUCUAUUGUUGAAGCAGGUUAUGUUGUUGGUACAGUAUUACCUGGCUGUCAGUCUCUGUGUUAGAACUAACACGCUUCAGUCUUCUUCCUGCCUCAUUUGCAAACCAUUUUCAUGAUGCACAGGGACGUUCCCUGGAUGUUCCGUGAAGGUUAAUGCGCUCAACAUAUACAAUCACCAUGACUACACUAGCCCACACCCAUAUUGUGUAACCACCUCAUUGGUAUGUCACGAUGAUCAAAUUAAAUCAAUCAGUUCCAAACAAAACUUUUCUCAAAGGUUUAGGUGAGCAGUUUGUCUAUCGCUGUGUUCUGCCUUUACUCAGGAGUGACAUACUGGAGUGUUUUUGCUGACUUUACUGUAGUAUUUACGGUUUCUUACUUAUGGGUGGCACAAAAUGUGAUAUGGGGAGGGGAAUGGGCAGGGUAUACAGUACAGGUCAAAGGUUUGGACACACCUACUCAUUAAAGGGUUUUUCUUUAUUUUGACUAUUUUCUACAGUGUAGAACAAUAGUGAAUACAGCAAAACUAUGAAAUAACACAUAUGGAAUCAUGUAGUAACCAAAAAAGUGUUAAACAAAUCAAAAUAUAUUUUCUAUUUGAGAUUCUUCAAAUAGCCACCCUUUGCCUUGAUGACAGCUUUGCACACUCUUGGCAUUUGACAUAGAAGUCAAGGCUUUCUCUUUCAGGAAACCUACUGGAGGAAUAAUAAAAUAGCACAUUUUCCAUAACCUGUAGGACUGGGGGGCUGAACAGAUAGUUCCCAACUUUUGACUAGUACUGUAUGCAAAUUAAAUACUGUAGUAUUUACUAUAGUUUUAAAAAGUGUCGUGUUUUUGCGGACAAUACUGACACUGCAGUGUUUUUUUUGCGGAUAAUACUUUAGUGUUUACUGUAGUAUUCUACAGUAUACUACAACAUUCUAUAGUAAGUACUACACAAGAUCGAGGGAUACUAGCGAAAGAGGAAAGGGGAUACCUAGUCAGUUGCACAAAUGAAUGCAUUCAACCGAAAUGUGUCUUCCUCGUUUAACCCAACCCCUUUGAAUCAGAGAGGUGCGGGGGGCUGCCUUAAAUCGACGCCCACGUCAUUGGCGCCCAGGGAGCAGUUGUUGUUGGGGGUUAAAUGCCUUGCUCAAGUGCAAAACGGCAGGUUUUUCCACAUUGCCAUCUCAGGGAUUUGAACCAGCAACUGGCCCAACGCUCUUAACCGCUAGGCUAACUGCUGCCCCCACAGUGUGUAGUAUAGUAUUCUACAGUAUACUACAGUUUACUAUAGAAUUUUAUAGUAAGUACUGUAUUAUUCUAUAGUAAACUGUAGUAUUUUGUCAUGUGGGCAGGGAGGAGUGGAGGCGAGAGGGAAUAGCUUACACAGAGCAGGGAUCAGGGGAAGGCAAAUGGAGGGAUUUAACACAUUUGUCAUUUUAAGAAUCUUCCUUUUUUGACAUACUGUAAAUAUUGGAAUUCUGCUCUAAUGAAGCUGUGAUAAAACACCUAUUGAGAUAAAUUUAAGGCGCAGAAGUAGGUAAUGGAUUAUCUUUCUGAAAAAGCUGUAUAUGAAAGAUAUGCUGAGGGUCUUCUUAGGAAAGGAACAAUGGAGCUUCUCUCUCUGAGGUGAUUUGGUCCUGUCUGUGUUCAGAGUGAGGUCCUGGGCCUGGGGAAGCAGUGUGGUCUCAGUCAGCGCCAGAUAGAAACGUGGUUCCGCCAUCGCCGCAACCAAGACAGACCGAGCAACACCAAGAAGUUUUGUGAAGCCUCGUGAGUCAGCUCUCAUUCAGAGUUCUAUGUACUCAUGUGAUCUAUUUCAUUUCAAUGUAUAGUUUAUAGAAAGGAUAUUAUGUUAUAUUAUGACAAAUAUUUUGUUUUGUUUUUGCAGUUGGAGGUUUGUUUUCUACCUCAUUGCAUUUGUAGCAGCGCUUGCCUCCCUGAUUGAUGUGAGUAUAUGAAGCACAUUCACUUUGGCUACCUUUACCCCGAACAGUGCUACUGCUCCUUGUACUUCUACUAAGAGGCCCUCACUGUGACUAUUUGUUCUGUCCCUCUACCCCUCAGACCCCCUGGUUCUGGGACCACAGAGAGUGCUGGCAGGGCUACCCCAAACAAGUGAGUAGAACAGUUCACUUUAACUUUCAGUUGACCAGUGGUUCCCAAACAUGUUUGUUCUUUCACUCAUCAAAAGGCUAUGGAAUUGUCCUGUCACCCACUAAGUAAAUACAUCAAAUGUUUCUAGUGACAACCCAGUCUACAGUAUAGCCACAAUAAGCCGCAUCCCACACCAUUGAGUCUCAAAACACGAUUUGGGAAUCUGAGAACACUGCUUUGGACAAUCUCAGGAAACUCACUCCUUCUGCUGGAGGAAUUGAACAACGCCCCUCCAGAUAACAGUUAUGACAUUCCUACAGGGGACUUAACCCCUCCUCCUCCUUCCCUAGAAGGGGAUGACCUGAAACAGAACACACUACAAGCACAAAAUCUCUAUCUACAGUUAAACCAAUUAUUUAAGUUUUUAGUCAUUUAGCAGACACUCUUAUCCAGAGCGACUUACAGUUAGUGAGUGCAUACAUUUUUCAUACUGGCCCCCCGUGGGAGACGAACCCACAACCCUGGCGUUGCAAGCGCCAUGCUCUACCAACUGAGCUACAUGGGACUGUAACUCCCUAAUGCUGUUGACCUUCCCUUUGUUGAAGCCAGGCUGUGUUCUGUGCCUUGCAGGGAUGGAGCAUGUGAUUUCUAGGGGUUAAAUGGCUCAGUAAACUUCCCUCUAUUGUCUCUCUGGAGCCUUGGAGAGUACUGUUUGGUGGUGGGUGUUUGGGUCACUUCACGGCCAUUUAGAUUUAUCAGCACUUUCUAUACAUGUACACAUCCGCUCUGAUUUGAAUGUUAAGCCUUGACUGUGGACGUGUGGGGAAACGCUUGCUAAAGGAAGGGAGUUUCAAAGCUUCCACUUCAAAUCAAAAUCAAAUCAAAUUGUAUUUGUCACAUGCGCUGAAUACAACAGGUGUAGACCUUACCCGUGAAAUGCUUACUUACAAGCCCUUAACCAAUGCAGUUCAAGAAAUAGAGUUAAGAAAAUAUUUACUAAAUUAACUAAAGUAAAAAAUUAAAAUAGAAAGUAACACAAUAAAAUAACAAUAACAAGGCUCCCGAGUGGCACAGUGGUCUAAGGCACUGCAUCUCAGUGCUUGAGGUGUCACUACAGACCCCAUGGUUUGAUUCCAGGCUGUAUCACAACUGGCUGUGAUUGGGAGUUCCAUAGGGCGGUGCACAAUUGGCCCAGCGUCGUCUGGGUUUGGCCGGUGUAGGCUGUCGUUGUAAAUAAGAAAUUGUUCUUAACUGACUUGCCUAGUUAAAUAAAGGUAAAAUAAACAACAAAUAUUCAGGGGGUACCGGUACUGAGUUAAUGUGCGGGGGUACAGGUUAGUUGAGGUAAUUUGUACAUGUAGGUAGGGGUAAAGUGACUAUGCAUAAAUAAUAAACAGUGAGUAGCAGCAGUGUAAAAACAAAGGGUGGGGUGGUGUCAAUGUAGAGUGGCCAUUUGAUUAAUUGUUCAACAAUCUUAUGGCUUGGGGGUAGAUGCUGUUAAGAAGCCUUUUCGACUUAGACUUGGCGCUCCGGUACCGCUUGCCGUGUGGUAGCAGAGAGAACAGUCUAUGACUAGGGUGACUGGAGUCUUUGACAAUUUUUUGGGCCUUCCUCUGACACCGCCUAGUAUAUAGGUUCUGGAUGGCAGGAAACUUGGCCCCAGUGAUGUACUGGGCCGUACGCACUACCCUCUGUAGUGCCUUACGGUCAGAUGCCGAGUAGUUGCCAUACCAGGAGGUGAUGCAACCGGUCAGGAUGCUCUUGAUGGUGGAGCUGUAGAACAUUUUGAGGAUCUGGGGACCCAUGCUACUUUAAAGCUUUGGUUGGGAAUAUGAGGGGGUUUAAACAAAGCAGCAUUCAGAAGUCUACAUUUUUGUCAUUUAGCAGACAGUCUUAUCCAGAGCAACUAACAAUUAGGGUUAAGUGCCUUGCUCAAGGGCACAUAGACAGAUGUUUUGUCUAGUCGGCUCUGGGAUUUGAACCAGCGACUUUCUGGUUACUGGCCCGCCCCAGGGGUGCGUUGAUUCAAAGCCUGUGCUCCAGGUGUGUGUAAUCCUGAGUUUCUCUAUUUCAAUCGAGGGCUGCUCCCCAAACAAAGAACCCCCUGUUGUAAAUGCUCAGCUGUGUGGACUCUCAGGCCUGGCAGUGGGCUGGGUGUUUAUCUGCUGCUGCUGGGAAAAGGCCUCCUUGGUAAACUCCCCUGACUGACUGAUCUCUCCCAGUGCACAGGUGGGGGAUGGAGUCACAGUCAGUCCACACAUUAACUCCUUCCUACCUGGGCUGUGUCUCAAUAGUCUCAAAAGGCCUCCUUCCUCUCCCUGGUUUCCCUUUCUUUGUCAUCUACCAGUGGAGGCUGCUGAGGGGAGGACGGCUCAUAAUAAUGGCUGGAGCGGAGUGAAUGGAAUGGCAUCAAACACAUGGAAACGUAUUGGAAUGGCAUCUAACACAUCUACGUAUUCCGUUCCAGCCAUUACCACGGGCCCGUCCUCCCCAAUUAAGGUGCCACCAACCUCCUGUGUCAUCUACGCUUUUGUGUGAGAACCGGACAGGUGAAAGCAAAUACCUCCAUGUAGGCUUCCAUUCCCAUAUAGCCUUCAACUUUCCUUUUCUGUCAGAUAGGUGCAGAUAAAGGUGAGGAGGAAAUUAAAGGAAGCCACUUUAGACUAUUGGGAUGUACCACCUGGAGUCAUGCUCAGUAAUCUUCAACCCCCUGGUGUUUGUUUUGUUUCUGUCUGUCCCUGCAGCCUGUCGCUGAGGCUCACUACUGGUAUUACAUCACAGAACUGGGUUUCUAUUGGUCCCUGCUGCUCUGUGUAUCUGUGGAUGUGAAGCGGAAGGUAUGUGUCACUCCUGUCUUCACACACACCUGUAUGGUUUUUAAGCAACUUUUUCUGUAUUCUGUACCAUUGAUAAAUCAAUCCAUACAGUACAAAGAUGACUGAUUUACGGCACCAGGAGCGCAGAACUGCUAAUGUCCAGGUUAUAGUAUAUCCUCUAUACAGUGAGGGAAAAAAGUAUUUGAUCCCCUGCUGAUUUUGUACGUUUGUCCACUGACAAAGAAAUGAUCACUCUUUAAUUUAUAUGGUACGUUAAUUUGAACAGUGAGAGACAGAAUAACAAAAAAAAAUCCAGAAAAAUGCAUGUCAAAAAUGUUAUAAAUUGAUUCGCAUUUUAAUGAGGGAAAUAAGUAUUUGACCCCCUCUCAUUCAGAAAGAUUUCAGGCUCCCAGGUGUCUUUUAUACAGGUAACGAGCUGAGAUUAGGAGCACACUCUUAAAGGGAGUGCUCCUAAUCUCAGCUUGUUACCUGUAUAAAAGACACCUGUCCACAGAAGCAAUCAAUCAAUCAGAUUCCAAACUCUCCACCAUGGCCAAGAGCAAAGAGCUCUCCAAGGAUGUCAGGGACAAGAUUGUAGACCUACACAAGGCUGGAAUGGGCUACAAGACCAUCGCCAAACAGCUUGGUGAGAAGGUGACAACAGUUGGUGCGAUUAUUCGCAAAUGGAAGAAACACAAAAUAACUGUCAAUCUCCCUCGGCCUGGGGCUCCAUGCAAGAUCUCACCUCGUGGAGUUGCAAUGAUCAUGAGAACGGUGAAGAAUCAGCCCAGAACUACACGGGAGGAUCUUGUCAAUGAUCUCAAGGCAGCUGGGACCAUAGUCACCAAGAAAACAAUUGGUAACACACUACGCCUUGAAGGACUGAAAUCCUGCAGCGCCCGCAAGGUCCCCCUGCUCAAGAAAGCACAUAUACAGGCCCGUCUGAAGUUUGCCAAUGAACAUCUGAAUGAUUCAGAGGAGAACUGGGUGAAAGUGUUGUGGUCAGAUGAGACCAAAAUCGAGCUCUUUGGCAACAACUCAACUCGCCGUGUUUGGAGGAGGAGGAAUGCUGCCUAUGACCCCAAGAACAUCAUCCCCACCGUCAAACAAGGAGGUGGAAACAUUUUGCUUUGGGGGUGUUUUUCUGCUAAGGGGACAGGACAACUUCACCGCAUCAAAGGGACGAUGGACGGGGCCAUGUACCGUCAAAUCUUGGGUGAGAACCUCCUUCCCUCAGCCAGGGCAUUGAAAAUGGGUCGUGGAUGGGUAUUCCAGCAUGACAAUGACCCAAAACACAUGGCCAAGGCAACAAAGGAGUGGCUCAAGAAGAAGUACAUUAAGGUCCUGUAGUGGCCUAGCCAGUCUCCAGACCUUAAUCCCAUAGAAAAUAUGUGGAGGGAGCUGAAGGUUCGAGUUGCCAAACGUCAGGCUCGAAACCUUAAUGACUUGGAGAAGAUCUGCAAAGAGGAGUGGGACAAAAUCCCUUGUGAGAUGUGUGCAAACCUGGUGGCCAACUACAAGAAACGUCUGACCUCUGUGAUUGCCAACAAGGGUUUUGCCACCAAGUACUAAGUCAUGUUUUGCAGAGGGGUCAAAUACUUAUUUCCGUCAUUAAAAUGCAAAUCAAUUUAUAACAUUUUCGACAUGCGUUUUUCUGGAUUUUUUUGUUGUUAUUCUGUCUCUCACUGUUCAAAUAAACCUACCAUUAAAAUUAUAGACUAAUCAUGUCUUUGUCAGUGGGGAAACGUACAAAAUCAGCAGGGGAUCAAAUACUUUUUUCCCUCACUGUAGCUGUGUGGUUUGUGUGUGUUUUCAGGAUUUCAAGGAACAGAUCAUCCACCACAUCGCUACCAUUUUCCUCAUCGGUUUCUCGUACUGUGCCAAUUAUGUGCGCGUUGGCACUCUGGUGAUACUAGUUCAUGAUUCCUCAGACUUCCUCCUGGAGGUAGGAGCUCAGUCUCAGUUUUCAAGUCUCACACAGAUCAUACAGACACAGGGAACUAAAGGGGGAAUGAUUACUCUUAUCAUACAUGCAUGUGGUCAAGCUAAUUUGGCACUACCAUUUUCCCACAUACUGUUUUGAUGGGUUGUGUGGUUAUCUAAGCAAGGUUCUUUGUUCACAUGUAGGUCACUGUAAACUUGAUUUGAAUACAGGGUUUGUUUAUUCACAUAACUUAAUCUUAUUUUUUGUAAGGGUUGAUAAAUUUUUCCAUAGGGCAAAUCAAGUCUGAAAUUUCAAAGUGGAAAUUACAAACUUUAGAAGCCUUUUAAAAAACUCAAAUACACUACAAGUUUGCAUUUCCUGCUUUGCAGGAAAAUUCUCAGAAACAAAAGAGUCAUCAAAUGAAGAUCCUGCAUCUGUAGGUUGAUAGCGAUCAAACACAUUUGGUUAUAAUUAGCCAUUUUAUGUGGUAAAAGGAAAACAUGUCUUGAGGCUGAACUUAUCUUACCUCUCCCAAGAGACUUUCAGCUCUGAAGUAGAACGUCUAUUAUCACAUUUAUUCCUAAAUAUGUUUUUUAAUUAACUCAGUAAAGCAGUGUAGUAUUGCCCUGAUGUUAUCUCACAAUAAACAAUGUCUCCAUCAUCUUGGGCCUGAUGAAAUACAGUUGAGGUCGGAAGUUUGCAUACACUUAGGUUGGAGUCAUUAAAACUAGUUUUUCAACCACUCCACAAAUUUCUUGUUAACAAACUAUAGUUUUGCAUGACACAAGUAAUUUUUCCAACAAUUGUUUACAGACAUUAUUUCACUUAUAAUUCACUGUAUCACAAUUCCAGUGGGUCAGAAGUUUACAUACACUAAGUUGACUGUGCCUUUAAAAAGCUUGGAAAUUUCCAGAAAAUGAUGUCAUGGCUUUAGAAGGUUCUGAUAGGCUAAUUGACAUAAUUUGAGUCAAUUGGAGGUGUACCUGUGGAUGUAUUUCAAGGCCUACCUUCAAACUCAGUGCCUCUUUGCUUGACAUCAUGGGAAAAUCAAAAGAAAUCAGCCAAGACCUCAGAAAGAAAAUUGUAGACCUCCACAAGUCUGGUUCAUCCUUGGGAGCAAUUUCCAAAUGCCUGAAGGUACCACGUUCAUCUGUACAAACAAUAGUAUGCAAGUAUAAACACCAUGGGACCACGCAGCCGUCAUACCGCUCAGGAAGGAGACGCGUUCUGUCUCCUAGAGAUGAACUUACUUUGGUGCGAAAAGUGCAAAUCAAUCCCAGAACAACAGUAAAGGACCUUAUGAAGAUGCUGGAGGAAACAGGUACAACAGUAUCUAUAUCCACAGUAAAACAAGUCCUAUAUCGACAUAACCUGAAAGGCCGCUCAGCAAGGAAGAAGCCACUGCUCCAAAACCGCCAUAAAAAAGCCAGACUACGGUUUGCAACUGCACAUGGGGACAAAGAUCGUACUUUUUGGAGAAAUGUCCUCUGGUCUGAUGAAACAAAAAUAGAACUGUUUGGCCAUAAUGACCAUCGUUAUGUUUGGAGGAAAAAGGGCGGGCUUGCAAGCCGAAGAACACCAUCCCAACCAUGAAGGACGGGGGUGGCAGCGUCAUGCUGUGGGGGUGCUUUACUGCAGGAGGGACUGGUCCACUUCACAAAAUAGAUGGCAUCAUGAGGAAGGAAAAUGAUGUGGAUAUAUUGAAGCAACAUCUCAAGACAUCAGUCAGGAAGUUAAAGCUUGGUCGCAAAUGGGUCUUCCAAAUGGACAUUGACCCCAAGCAACAUAAGUUGUUGCAAAAUGGCAUAAGGACAACAAAGUCAAAGUAUUGGAGUGGCCAUCACAAAGCCCUGACCUCAAUCCUAUAGAAAAUGUGUGGGCAGAACUGAAAAAGCAUGUGCGAGCAAGAAGGCCUACAAACCUGACUCAGUUACACCAGCUCUGUCAGGAGUAAUAGGCCAGAAUUCACCCAACUUAUUGUGGGAAGCUUGUGGAAAGCUACCCGAAACGUUUGACCCAAGUUAAACAAUUUAAAGGCAACGCUACCAAAUACUAAUUGAGUGUAUGUAAACUUCUGACCCACCAGGAAUGUGAUGAAAUGAAUAAAAGCUGAAAUAAAUCAUUCUCUCUACUAUUAUUCUGACAUUUCACAUUCUUAAAAUAAAGUGGUGAUCCUAACUGACCUAAAACAGGGCAUUUUUACUAGGAUUAAAUGUCAUGAAUUGUGAAAAACUGAGUUUAAAUGUAUUUGGCUAAGGUGUAUGUAAACUUCCGACUUCAACUGUAUGUAUCGCUUGUCGUGUGGAUCCAGGCGUGACAUAAUGCCUCCUUUAGAAGCAGUCAAUGGGAGACAUUGGGUCAGAAGGGGACAUUGGUUGUCAAUGUAUGCUAGAGAAAACCACUCCAUCAGAGAGUAUGGACUGGGAGGUCAUACAAUAUGUUGGAGAACAUCAAUACUGUAUGUUAUUAUUUGUACAGCCACUGUGCUAUAUUGGUCAACCCAGCUGGUAACACAUAGUGACUGUGUCAUUACUAGUGCCUCAUGAGGGUUCUGAAUAAGCCCAACUGUGAUCGGAGUAUUAUUAUAUUUCACUUACAGUCUGCCAAGAUGUUCAACUACGCUGGCUGGAGGAAGACAUGUGACACACUGUUUGUCAUCUUCGCCCUGGUGUUCCUGCUAACACGACUAGUGGUCUUCCCUGGCAGGUGAGACUGGACGCUUUCUCACACAGUCAUUUGACAAUUUAUUAGGAGUGUAUUACAAAGGUCAAGUACAGUGGGGAAAAAAAGUAUUUAGUCAGCCACCAAUUGUGCAAGUUCUCCCACUUAAAAAGAUGAGAGAGGCCUGUAAUUUUCAUCAUAGGUACACGUCAACUAUGACAGACAAAUUGAGAUUUUUUUUUCCAGAAAAUCACAUUGUAGGAUUUUUUAUGAAUUUAUUUGCAGAUUAUGGUGGAAAAUAAGUAUUUGGUCACCUACAAACAAGCAAGAUUUCUGGCUCUCACAGACCUGUAACUUCUUCUUUAAGAGGCUCCUCUGUCCUCCACUCGUUACCUGUAUUAAUGGCACCUGUUUGAACUUGUUAUCAGUAUAAAAGACACCUGUCCACAACCUCAAACAGUCACACUCCAAACUCCACUAUGGCCAAGACCAAAGAGCUGUCAAAGGACACCAGAAACAAAAUUGUAGACCUGCACCAGGCUGGGAAGACUGAAUCUGCAAUAGGUAAGCAGCUUGGUUUGAAGAAAUCAACUGUGGGAGCAAUUAUUAGGAAAUGGAAGACAUACAAGACCACUGAUAAUCUCCCUCGAUCUGGGGCUCCACGCAAGAUCUCACCCCGUGGGGUCAAAAUGAUCACAAGAACGGUGAGCAAAAAUCCCAGAACCACACGGGGGGACCUAGUGAAUGACCUGCAGAGAGCUGGGACCAAAGUAACAAAGCCUACCAUCAGUAACGCACUACGCCGCCAGGGACUCAAAUCCUGCAGUGCCAGACGUGUCCCCCUGCUUAAGCCAGUACAUGUCCAGGCCCGUCUGAAGUUUGCUAGAGUGCAUUUGGAUGAUCCAGAAGAGGAUUGGGAGAAUGUCAUAUGGUCAGAUGAAACCAAAAUAUAACUUUUUGGUAAAAACUCAACUCGUCGUGUUUGGAGGACAAAGAAUGCUGAGUUGCAUCCAAAGAACACCAUACCUACUGUGAAGCAUGGGGGUGGAAACAUCAUGCUUUGGGGCUGUUUUUCUGCAAAAGGACCAGGACGACUGAUCCAUGUAAAGGAAAGAAUGAAUGGGGCCAUGUAUCGUGAGAUUUUGAGUGAAAAAAAAAAAAGUCUCCAGAUCUCAACCCCAUAGAAAAUCUUUGGAGGGAGUUGAAAGUCCGUGUUGCCCAGCGACAGCCCCAAAACAUCACUGCUCUAGAGGAGAUCUGCAUGGAGGAAUGGGCCAAAAUACCAGCAACAGUGUGUGAAAACCUUGUGAAGACUUACAGAAAACGUUUGACCUGUGUCAUUGCCAACAAAGGGUAUAUAACAAAGUAUUGAAAAACUUUUGUUAUUGACCAAAUACUUAUUUUCCACCAUAAUUUGCAAAUCAAUUCAUAAAAAAUCCUACAAUGUGAUUUUCUGGAUUUUUGUUUCUCAUUUUGUCUGUCAUAGUUGACGUGUACCUAUGAUGAAAAUUACAGGCCUCUCUCAUCUUUUUAAGUGGGAGAACUUGCACAAUUGGUGGCUGACUAAAUACUUUUUUCCCCCACUGUAUAAUAAAAGUAGUAAUAAGAUUACUCAGGGUCUAUCCUUUUCUGACAGUUUACACAACUCAAAUGUAGGCCUACAUGCAAAUAUUCCAUUACUUCUGAUGUACGCACAUCUCAAGUCAGAACAUAGUGUGUACUGUAAAUCAGUUAAGGGAAUGUGUUCAGAAGUACCGCUUAGGGAAUGUUAUAAAUGCAAGGCUUGAGGAUGGAUUAAUUUACUGUUUUAUAUGCACCUUCUUGCCCCUUCAGAAUAGUCCACUCCACCCUGGUUGUGUCUUUGGAUUUCUUCCAGCCUUUCUUUGGCUACUACUUCUUCAAUGCACUUCUGUUGGUGCUGCAAGCUCUGCACAUCUUCUGGGCCUGGCUGAUCCUACGCAUGGUCUACAAGUUUGUCUUUAUGGGCAAGGUCAGUAGACUCAAGUUAUUAUCCGCCUUACUUACUAAUGGUGAUUUCAUUGGAUGCCAUGAUACAGUAGAAUAAUAGAUAACAUGCUCACUCAUAUUAUUUUUCAGAAGUAGUUGGGUGAUUAAUCAUCUUAGUACAGCCCACAAUUAAAUAAAUGGACAGAACACCAUAAAUAUUCUUCAAUGAUUCAUUUAUUCUUAGUACAGACGUGUUUUCGUCCAACUGCGGCCAAAACACGUCCGUACAAAGAAUACAUUAGUCACUGAAGAUUAUUAUGGUGUACUGUCCGUUUCUUUCAUUGUACACCUUGGAAGUAUCACAGGGUACUGCCUUUAAGGCAUAGUGUUUGUAAGAUUUAUUGGCAUUAUCAAUACAUUCUGUGCUAUACCAUCUGGUUGUGUUCCGUUUGUAGAUUUAUUUUGCAGCCUUAAACGGUCACUUACAUAUAUCCUAUGCUGUAGGUGGAGAAAGAUGAGCGCAGCGAUGAGGAAAGCGAGCCUGAGGAGGAGGUGGAGGCAGAGGAGGAAGAGGAGACUAGCUGGGAGCAAAGAAAGGGCGCCCUCAAUUCCAAAUUGGCUUCGCUUGCCAACAAUUGUGUCCUGAACAACCUAACCAACCAGAGAAAUAUGAACAGCAGACUACCCAAAGCCAGAUAGUACCACUCUCUUUUCGCACUAGGUUAAACUUAGAACGUUUUCCUAUCCUUCCACAGUAUAUACUGGUAAGAUAUAAUACAUUUAUAUGGCUUAUAUAUUACAAAUAUGGUCCAUUUAUGAUUUCAUUUAUGGUUUCGGAUAAUACUUCACUUCACUACGUUUGAAGUACAUAACUGUUCACUGCACUGUCAAACAUUAUGGUCAAACAAGAAGUACACUGGUUUUACUUUAAGAUGAAGUAUGUUUUUCUAUAGUUUAUAUUUAUAAUUUAUUUGUUUUUGUUUGGAUUGUGUGUAAAUAGUGAAAGACAUUAACUCAAUCAAAUCAAAGUUUAUUGGUU